CUGACCUGCUAGACUAACGAGAAACGAAAAGAACUAUGAAGGAGGGACUUCCUUGAGGAGACACAAGUUAUCUCAACGGUUUACAAAAGCAGAUUACAAAUGCACGCAACAGUACCUGACGGAGGAGUGAGAAUUAAAGCAUGGAGGCAGAUCACACGGCUCAAGAUGAUCCACCUGAGGGCAGCGAGGAGGUGGAAAAGGAGGAUCCAGGAAACUGGCGCAAACGUCUACGCCUCAAGCAGGUGGCAGUCCAACUGCCAGUGAUCCAGAACAUUGAUGAAGGGUACGGCGCAGAGGAGUCUGAAGAGGGCCUGGAGAAAAACAAGGUCCAGACGGCCCGCAAGUCCUUCAAGAGGCCUCCGCUUAGGGGCCAGGACGUGGCACCAGGGCCUGGCAUUUCGGGGAAAAUCCUCAGGUUCAGCUGCUCCGAGUGCACAGGCCAGGCCACAUUCAGCCCCAAUGACCUGCUGAAGCAUUUUCAGGGAGUUCACCAAGGAAGCCUACCAACCUUCCCAUGUGACAUGUGCAGCUUCGUCACCCACGACUUCUCCAGCCUCCAGCGGCACCGCAUUGGCCACCGAGACACCUUUGUCCGCUGCGAUAUCUGCAAUGACGGCAUCCAGUACACUCUCCUGCAGCUCACCAGACACUUCAACAUGUUCCACAGCCUCAACGGAUUCUACUGCUGUGAGAAGUGCAAGUUCUCCACCAAGGAUGUAGGGACUUUUGUGCAGCACACGCACCGGCACAAUGAUGCCCUCUACAAGUGUAGCAAGUGUCAGCACAUCAGUCAUGGCAGUGGGGAGCACCAGAAACACAUCCUGACUCACUCGGGGCCUUACCCCUUCAGCUGCCAGUUCUGUGACUAUGGGGCCCCAAGGAAGGACUAUGUGGCAAAACACAUGGCUGCUGUCCACAGAGAGGAGAUGGAGCGUUUAAACAAACGUAGAGCCUCAGAGGAUGGCCAGAAAACACUAGUGAACUCAACACCAGGACUAAAGCUUUUACUUACCAAGAAUCCAGCAAGACAGACCCAUUGGAUGUCCAAAGGGCUACAUGCUCUGUCUGGAGGGGGACUGUUGGAUGAGUAUGGGAGGCUUGCUAAUCCAGAAAAGACUCUUGAGGAGACCCAGCAGUUUCUGGAGAGGACUGUUGCGGCUCAGAGAGACUGUAAGAAGUGGGCAAAGGGGCUUAAGUCCGAGCAGCAGUACACUUCCCAAACCGUCCCUGCUACAGCACAGCCUAAGCAGGAGCCAGCUGUCUCUCCUAAUGCUGGCUUUCUGAACCCCAACAGUAACGGGCUAACUGUACUCAUGGUCAAAAACAAAAUCACCAUCCCUCCUAACUGCACUACAAAAGUUAUGGGUUUCAAGAUGGUAGAUGGCAAAAAACAUCUUGUCCUCAAGGUCAUACCGUCAGCAAAGCAAGAACCUUGUGCUAAAACAGAGGAUUCCUUAGUGGCAACAUCAGUGGCUUCAGCCUCAUCAGUUGCUGAGAAAGAGGCAGAUGACAAUGCACUGGAACCAUGCAAGGGAGAAGCCAACACUCUGGCCAGCUCUGAAGAAGGAACGGGCCCACCCAGUGGUCAUCUGGAUUCCUCCAACUCUGAGGUACCCCCCAAUCCCAAGGUAUCCCCAAAUGGUGUGGCACCUCCUGGCAGCCCCUGCUCCUUGCCUUCCAGGAUGGAAAACAUAGACAUUGCCUCAGCUUUGGUGCAGGUGCAAGCACAGGAGAAUGGGGAGCAAGAACAGGAAUUGGUAUCAACAACUGCCAGAGAGGUGGAAGAGGAACAGCCACCAGGGGCAACAGAGAAUGAUGACGAUGCAGCACCUUCUCCACCUUCAUCACCUGCUGCAAAUGCUGUGUCCCUGGUCAGUAAGGUGACGGAACAGAGCUCACUGAUUCAGUGUGAGGAUGAUGGCUCACCCAAUGGUGAAACCUCAUCCCCCAUUCCCGUUGCCACUGAUCCCAGCUUAGAAAAAAACACUCCCAAACACACUGAUCCAGAUGAAUUUGACCCAUCUCCCAACUUCCUAGAGAGCACCGCCAUUGAGUGCAUGUCAAGUAAAUCCCCAUUAAGUUCUCCGAGUCAGGAGGUCUUCACUUUCCACAACUACUCAAAGGACACCUCCAGUCUUUCCUCUGAUGCUUCUCUUCUAAGCGAUGAACAGCAGUCAACACAACUUCUGACUGUUGAGUCUGAGAAUGAUGGUGUUCAUAUUUUGAGACCUUCACAUGACAGCAACCUGACACUGGAAAGCUUGCCCUUGCAGGUGUUGCAGAAUCGUCUGGAGGACCAAGACAGAAUUGUAGAACCAUGUGUUGACUUGCCUGAACAGCGACUACUCAACUCGGAUCCUCCUUCAAUGGAAAAAGUACCAGACAAUGAAAUUGAAGUUGACGAAUGUGUAGCCACUGUCGAAGUUGAGGGGGACACCAAAGAGUCUGAGGUUAAAUGUCAAAAUCUGGAUUCAUCUGAAGGGCUAAAUGCGACACUGGACUCUAAAUUUCAAUGCCAGGAACAAUGUUCUGAGCCUCCCAGCAUUGAUGGUGGUGCUAAGGUGGGGAAAGGAGAGGAGCACCUGGAUUCUCCCUCUGAAUCACAAGAGCACUCUGCAAAAAAUGUGGAGGGACCCAAUGUGGCUGAUGGAGAGAAGGCUUCAGGCAGUUCAAAUAAUGCAGCCAUCUUGGGGAAGAUUCUAGAAGAGCAUUCUGAUGCCAUUAUCAGCCAGCAGCUGGAGAAGGAGAGGAUCGGAACCGCAGUCCCCCAUGAAGCAAUCCGAACCCCCACAACCACACUCAGGAUCCUCCAACCCCUUAAUUUGUCCGAUGGUAAGCAACAGGUUUUUCUACAGACUGCAGAGAAUGGGUACGCAGUACCUGUACAGCUCCGGGGCAGUCCUGGAUUUAAGCUAAUCACUGGGUCUGUUCCCCCAAUAAAUGUUUCUCAUCUGAAACCUGGAGGUGAAAGGUCAACCAAUAGAACAGCAGCACUGACUUUCACACUGAGUAAUGGCAGGAUAGGCACGGCUGCACAGGUGGUGGGCGACAAGGAAGCAGGUGAUGGGUUGGCAAAAGGUGGUGGGCAGGACAGCACGGCACUUAGCCCCAGUGCUCAACAAGGGUCAGGCACCAGCACGAGUAGUUUUCUGCUCAAUAGCUCACCUUUGAAGGGACCUCUGUUUUUGUCCAGUCCGAUUCAGUCCCUCUCCAAAGAACGGACUGCGAAUGCACCCACGUGUUACUUAGUUCAGAGACCAGUGGCUUCAGCUGCAGCAAAGCCCAGCACAGGAACGGCCUCUGCAGCUGGCAAUGUGCAGACUCCACAGUCUAAACCCGUUUUAGCCUUACCGGUGAAUUCUCCGGACCAGCCAACAGUUUUACAAACUGGCCGUCAAGCCUUUCUGCUUAGAUAUGUCUCUCCAGUUAAGUCUGGGAUAUUGCUGAACAGCCCAGAGGGAAAAAUGGUUAAUCAGAACAGCUUGACCAGUGAAAGCGGAGGCAGUCGUUUUAUUCUUAAGAUUGUGCGAAACUCUUCUGAUGCUGGCCUGCCGUCCUGCAGCGGUGUGGCAGGUGGUGGGUUUACAGCACAAACACACGCCAACCAGCCAAUCUAUCUGGCCACCACUGGUGGUUUGCAGUCUCCCUAUCUGCUAAUGUCAUCCAACCAAUCCAUUCUGAAUGUCUCCGCAGGGACAAAAACUUCAGAGUCACAAGAUUUCGUCCAAACUCUGGCCACAGCCUCCCCCCUUCUGAGUUUCUCUUCCAUAGCUCCCACACAAGGAAAAGCCAGUGAAAAACACGGGGGGGAGGGCUUGGCCUGCAAACUCAAGAAAGCUCGGCUCCCUUCCCCGAGGCGAAGCCACCAGGGGGCCAAACGGAAGAGGUCAAAGAAGCCAUCCAUGGAGGACAGCCUAGAGUCCCCUGCCAAAGCCAGGAGGCUCUCAAGUAAGAAAUCAAAGGAGAAGGAGGCCCCAGCAGUUAUGUAUUGGGAGCCAGCCCCCAGGGAGGAGGAGAGGACACUGAGGCUCCUGCCACUUAGCACGGUGCAGCCUGUCAAGUGCCCGAGGCGAAACCAGCCUGUGGUGGUGCUCAAUCACCCUGAUGCAGACAUCCCCGAGGUAGCCAGCCUGAUGAGAACGGUGAACAAGUUCAGGGGCGAGGUCACUAAGGUGGCACUGUCUCAAAGGACUGUUGCCGCCCUUUCUGAGCUGGACUGCAGCACCUUCAGACAAGACCGGUCAGCUAACUGUCACCCAACCCAUGGCCGCCGCGUCCGCCCAGAGGGCACGGUCAGGGAGCGCUUUAUCCUGAAACUGCGUUUGAAAAAGACCAGCAGGAACAAGUACAAGGUUGUGAAUACUUCCUCAGACAGCACCGAGUGGUCGUCAACGUUCAGCUGCUGGUUCUGUGGUAGGAUCUUUGACAACCAGGAGGAGUGGAUAGGUCAUGGCCAGCGGCAUCUAAUGGAGGCUACUAGAGACUGGAACAAACUGUUUUCCUAAGAGUCCUAAGAGCAUUAUGACUAGAUUCUUAGUUUCAGUCAGGUCUCCACCUCAUUGAGUUUUUUGACUCGCGUCCUUUCAUGUCCACGUGCUCAGCUGUGUUUCACGUCACACACAAUGAAAGAAAUAUGAAAAAACCAUCCUAUUUUUACUUGCAUUUAAAAGCUGGUAAUGUUAUUUAGAGGUGUGUCUUUGUUUUUUCUCUCAGUCACUAAAGAGGAAAGGGUAGUAGUUUUAAGUUGUCCCUCAGGUGAGGCUCCAUUGUCUUCAUUACGAGUGUGGCUGGUACAACUUAAAACCAAAUGUAAAGACCCUGAAAUGGAGCUUUUUAUGUAUAUAUGGAACUUAAAUGUGAAAACCAUAAGCAUUGCACACACUGAAUUUGUAUAUAAAACAAUUAGGUAAGAGAGCUUUUUGAGUACACAGUUGACGGGACAGCAAUAUGUGUACAAUUAAAGUGCUUCGGUUGCUACUUUGGGCUGAUGUCGGGUACAUCAAAGUCAUAAAUUGGUAGUAUUGCCACAGCUAUGUGUUGUAAUGACAGUUGUUUUAAGACAUUUUUCAUUACAAGAGGAAGGAAACGUAAGUUUGUAUUUGCCCAAAAUAUAGUAGCACUUUGCAAGUGCUUGAUUUGUGCAACAACCAAGACAUAUACGUACCGAUCAACUCAGGGGAUAGUUUUUCUUACGAUACAGUAUGUAAAAUACAAACUCCAAUCAUGUCAGUAAACCUCACCUCCACCUUUGCAUUAAUUAUUUACAUCAUUUUGAAAUGCGUUUCAGGCAGGACUGAUGAUAGAUUUUAUUUAAUCAGUUUCCUUUGUUUUUCCAUUCCUUUUCUUCCCAAAAAGUUGUUUGUGUUGUCCUUAAAGCAUUGUUUAAUUUUUUAAUUUAUCAAAAUUCCAGCAGUACAUUGUAGUUACGUAUUUUACACCUGGGUCCUAAUAUAUUUCUGGCACAUUGUCAGGAGUCUUCAACAUGAACAGUUAACCAAUUGUUUACGGGUAUAUACAUAUGAAAACGUUCUUUUAUAUUUGAAUGGCAAAUAUCCUGUGUGCAUUACAAAAUUUCCUGUGGAAAGCAUUUUCAAAAGCUGUUACUUUCUGUAGAUUUCUUCCUUUUGUAAAUACUGUUUUAAAUGUUCCACCCAUGAAUCCUUUUUUGAAGAAGUGUAUUUAUAUUUUAACUGCUGCCACACACCUCUACGAGAAUCCUAAUCCAGUAACUCCUUAAUUAUAAGGUUAUUUUACCAUUUUCUUUGACAGCUUAUGCAUAAUUGGGGCUUAGAUCUGAUGGUAACAAACAAGAACAACAGCUGAAAAGUCUUUGUAACUUAAAAAUAAAAUGCCAGGGUAAAUUGGUGCAUAACAAUUGAGAGACAGUGCAUACACGGUUUGUACAUCCAUGCUGGAAGUUCUCAUUGCCUUUUGCUUUCCUGGCAAACUGUAACGAUGAUGCAUGUAAGCAAUUGGAUGUGUUGCCUCAUGGAGCAGUUGAUUUGAGCAAUUUAAUUUUCUAGGAUGGCUUUAUUGAGUUUAUACCUUUACACAGGUGGGGCGGGGCUUGACUUUGUUAUGAUGUAUGGUCUCAGUUAAAAAAGACGAGUCCCUUUAUGACUACUUGGGGAUUGUGCCCACGUAAUGAAGUGGUCCACUCCGUAAAUUCUAUUUUGUGUCUGUCUGGACAAAUAUUUGACAGAUAAUUUGCUGAAUGAUUUCAGCAAUGUAAUGCUUCGCAGUACCAUAUAAAAAUGCUAAAAAUGCAGAAAAAACAAGUUCUUGCUAUAUGAAUACCAGUAGUGCUUUUGUACGCAAAAUAUUUGUUUUUAUACGAUUAUUAGGUUUUUCUUUAGGUAAGUGAACAUUUCUGAUGGGCAAGUGUAAGAGUGGUUGCAGGUCUUACAGGUAUAAUGUUGAGCAGGCAUGUAUCAAACCUAACUGCUGUUCCAAAACUACUGUAUAUGCAAUCGUGACCAGGAAAUCAAAAUGAAGGAUAAAUACACUUUCUUUUUUGAAAAGCUGUUUUAGUUUUUACUUUGACGUUACAGAUUGUAACUGUUGUCAUUUUGAUAGUAAGUACUGUAAGUACUUGGUGUGUAACAAGGUGUUUAUUUUUAUGAGCAAGUACAUCAAUAAAAGUGCAUAUAUAAAUCCCUCCUACGGUAACUUGAAAAGAAAAACCUAUACUUUUUUUUUUUUUUUGGACAGGAUCUUUCCCUGUGACCUCACACAGUGUAGCAGAGUAGCGUCUCAAUUUUUAGUAUGCAUGUUUGUAAAUAUCUCUGCUGUCCCUAAUCCUGCUUGCAGUCAUUGAGAUGUUUUCCUAUUAAGGUAUGGCACUCCAGGGCCAUGUAGGGCUUUCUGGGACCUGGGGCUUAACAUACCCAAAAGAUACAAAGGUGCUGACCCAUUGCACAUGUUUGUGUGGUGUUGUCUCCUCUCCUCUGCACUGUACUUUUUUGGUGCAGUGCGUUUGCCCAUGUCUAAACACCCAGCUUACUCAACACAUGCAGAGCACCACACCAGACAACCAAAUACCCAUUCAUUCUUUUUUCUGAUUGUUCAUCCUUAAAUUAAACACACACACACACACACACACACAUUGUUGUUUGUGACUUUUUCCAGUAGGUCAGGGAGAUGAGCUCAAUAGUGCUCCAAGAUAAUACAUCUAUUUUUUUACGCCAAGUGCCUGAAAGAGCUCUGUUACAGAUCAACACUAUAUUGUACUGUUUAUCUCCCGUGUGGCAUUUAUGAUGUGU